UAAACAGCGUUGUGCAAUUUCUCGCGUCGCCAAUUCUGCACUGUGAAGUGGCGUGGCAUUUGACAGCACCUUGAGCAAUUUCACCCACUUCCUCAGCCAGCCCUUCCAUUUGCCUCUCUACCUCUUCUCUAUUUACAUCCUCCAGCUCUUGAACCAAUCCGUCCUUGACAGAUUGAAACGAUGUCCUCUAGGCGCCCACCACCCACUCUCCCCAGACUGCGCACCAAUCUCCUGCCUUUCGUCCCCGAUGUCCCGCGCUGCGACUCCUCUACGCUGCCAGAUAUUCCCGGUCUACCCUCAAUUCAAGAAGGCUCACCCCUAGCCCCACGCAGAGUGUCCUCCCUCGUAUUCUCAAAACAAGUCUCCCCCAAAAAAACAAUCAAGAAGAGCACAUCCCUGACGAGCGCAUCCCUCUCACCACCAAAACACGCCCGAGGCAGCAGCACCGCAAAAGGCAGUAUGUUGCCAAAGCAGUCAGGGCAUGACGUACAGGCACACGCGAGCGUGGAACGUGGCAAUGCAGUGAGCAAAGAGGUAUGGGUAGAUGCGCAGUACGAUCUCGACACGCCGCUCUCGCAGAUCCUCACGACGACGAUGCUUUUUCCGAGUUUGACGGCUUCGGCAUGCUCGAGUGUUUGUUCGAGCUCGGGCUCGUGCUCGCCGUUGCUGGGGGAUGAGUGUGUCAGGACGCAGGUUGACGGUCAAGAAGGCCACUUACACGACGACUCCAGCGACAGCAUGCACUCCGACGACAGCGCCGACAUGCCCACAAUCGCGAGAGGCAUGGCAAAGAAGGGACAAAACCCUGGUCAGCAUGAUGGUGGCGAAAUUUCACAGGCGCUGAGAGACUUGAAACACGUACAGCUUGCGAUGCUGCGGAUGUUGGGGGCGCGAUUUGCUGAUCUUGCUGGUGAGGCUGGAAAGGAUGAAAGACGGGUUGAUGGAAUGGAUGGGGCUGUUCGGGAUAGUAUGGUACGGUUCUGUGCGGAGCGAGGAGUAGAUUUGCUGGGUCUGAGUCCGUCUGAUAGAGUUGAUGUGUAUCUUGCGUGUAUGGCGGAAAAGGGGAUGCCGUUGGGCUAUGAGCCUUAGAACCGGGGGAGGAGGGAGCGGAGAGGGCUGCGUAGAGGGUGCGAGGAGGAUAUGAUGCACUUAUGUGUUUUGUCGCGAGAUAAUACGAGCUGUACAUGACGCAUGUAUUCAGUUUGGUAAC